AUGCUCCAGGAGGUGUCGCUGUGAGCGUCUAGGUCGUGUUCCGCCACACAUUCACAGAAAUAGAAGAAGACGUGCGGCAGUUUUGCUGAUUGAUGAGCUGAGCUCUCCGACUCUACUAAUCAUCUUUACAUUCAAAUAUUUCUGACAGGGUUUUACCUCCACAGUUCCAUCUGAUCCGUUGUGGGUGUAUUUGAGGAGAUUAACUGCGUUCUGCUCUAAAGAUCAAGAUAUGAGUGGUGUACGGUCUUCCCUUGCUGUCCUCUUUCCUACACAUCUUAAAUUUACCUCUGCAAGAACAUCCAGAGAUCCUUCUAGGGUGAAGUCAGAUGUGUGUGAGAAUCAGGAAUCCACAGAGAGCUCCAGUAGUCCCCAAAAAGCAUCUGGUACUUUUCACACCAUCUCCUCUCAGGGCAAAAAGAAAAUUCACCCCUGCGCACUCUGUGGGAAGAGUUUCAGUCAAAAGAGUACUCUCAAACAACACCAGCGCAUUCACACAGGAGAGAAUCCCUAUCACUGCUCGCUGUGUAGGAAGAAUUUUUCUAGCCAGAGUAGUCUCCAGCGACACCAGCACAUUCACUCAGGAGAGAAGCCGUAUCACUGCUCACAGUGUGGGAAGAGUUUUAUUGAGAGUGGUGAUCUCAUAAAACACCGGCGUGUUCACACCGGAGAGAAGCCAUAUCACUGCUCACGAUGUGGGAAGUGUUUUACACAAAAGAGUAACCUCCAGAAACAUCUGCGCAUUCACACAGGAGAUAAACCGUAUCACUGUUCGGACUGUGGGAAGAGUUUUACUCAAGGAACUGACCUUAGAGUUCACCAACGGAUUCAUACAGGGGAGAAGCCAUAUCACUGCUCACAGUGCGGUAACCGUUUUAUUAGCCAGAGUUGUCUCCUGCAACACCAACGCAUUCACACCGGAGAGAAGAAGUAUCAGUGCUCACACUGUGAGAAGAGGUUCAGCGAGAGACGUAAUCUCAUACAACACCUGCAAAUUCACAAAGGAGAGAAACCGUAUCAGUGUUCGCAUUGCGGGAUGAGUUUUAACAGACAGAAUAAUCUCCAGCAACACCAGCGCAUUCACACUGGAGAGAAGCCGUAUCGGUGUUUAGAGUGUGGGAAGAGUUUUAAUCGAGAGGACGCUCUACAAGAGCACCAACACGUUCACACGGGACAGAAACCCUAUUACUGUUCAGCAUGUGGGAAGAGUUUUACUAGACAUAGUAGUUUCCAACAACACCAGCGCAUUCACACGGGAGAGAAACCGUAUCACUGCUCACAGUGUGGGAAGAGUUUUCGUAACCAGAGUAAUCUCCUAAAACACCAGCGCAUUCACUCAGGAGAAAAGCCGUAUCUGUGCUCAGAGUGUGGGAAGAGUUUUAAUCGAGAGGACACUCUCCACGUACACCAGCGCAUUCACACAGGAGAGAAACCGUAUCACUGCUCGGACUGUGGGAAGAGUUUUCGUAACCAGAGUAAUCUCCUAAAACACCAGCGCGUUCACUCUGGAGAGAAGCCGUAUCACUGCUUGUUCUGUGGGAAGAGUUUCAGUCAAAAAAGUUAUCUGAAAAAACACCAACGGAUUCACACAGGAGAGAAACCGUAUCACUGUUCACAGUGUGGGAAGAGUUUUACUUGCCUUAGUCAUCUCCAUAACCACCACCGCAUUCACACAGGAGAGAAACCGUAUUACUGUUCACACUGUGAGAAGAGUUUUACUUGCCAUAGUCAUCUCAAACGACAUCAGCGCAUUCACACUGGAGAGAAACCAUAUCACUGCUUAGAGUGUGGAAAGUGUUUCAGUCGAGAUGACAGUCUACAAUUACACCAACGCGUUCACACUGGAGAGAAACCAUAUCACUGUUCACACUGUGAGAAGAGGUUUACUUGCCAGAGUCAUCUCCAACGACACGAGCACAUUCACACAGGAGAGAAACCGUAUCACUGCUCACACUGUGGGAAGAGUUUUACUUGCCUGAGUCAACUCCAACAGCACCAGCGCAUUCACACAGGAGAGAAACCGUAUCACUGUUCACACUGUGGGAAGAGUUUUACUUGCCAGAGUUAUCUCAAACGACAUCGGGGCAUUCACACAGGAGAGAAACCGUAUCACUGCUUAGAGUGUGGAAAGAAUUUUAAUCGAGAGUACAGUCUCCAACAACAUCAGCGUAUUCACACGGGAGAAAAACCGUAUUACUGUUCACAGUGUGAGAAGAGUUUUACUUGCCAGAGUCAUCUCCAACGACACCAACGCAUUCACACUGGAGAGAAACCGUAUCACUGCUAACAAUGUGGGAAGAGUUUUCGUAACCAGAAUAAUCUCCUGCAACACCAACGUGUUCACUCUGGAGAGAAGCCGUAUUGCUGCUCACUUUGUGGUUGUAGCUAUGCUUACCUCUGCAAUCUCCAGCAACAUCAGCGCAAUCAUGCACAACCCACAUUUUUCUGAAAGCCUUACAGAACUCUUUUUAGAUCUUGGCAUGAUGACGCCACAUACCUCAUUAACACAGGGGACACCAGACACUAGAUCUGAGAGGGGUAUAAAUAAUACCGGUUCCACCUGCACUGCCUAAGCAGGUUCUGACCACAGGCACCCAAUCUUCAACACCUGAUUCACAUUAUAUGCAUGUGAAAGUGUGAUGCAGUAUAUGUAGGGGUGUACAUGCUUUUUCCAUGUGACUGAUAUGGAUUUAUUUUGUUAAUUUAAAUUGUAAAAAAUUACUACAAAAUGUCAAUUUUAUGUCAUUUGAUGUAGUGUAUCACCUUUAUUAAUAGGCACUGUUACAAAGAGGAUCAAAUGUUUGCUUGUCCAAAUAUGUAAAAAAAAAAAAUCUUCCAUGGGGUGUACUUUUUUUUCCCCCACAUGACUGUACAAGGAGUUAUACACAGUAUAUUAAUUGCAGUCAAAACCUUGGUCAUAAGCUCCAGAGCUGUGCUUACAGACUAUAACAACCACCACGAAUGGAAAUUUAAAUAAGCCUCCUAGUUGCAAGAACAUCGUGGUAGACUCUGGUGAUUUUUACCAGCACACACUUUAUUUUGGUUUCAGAAUCAGCCACGUGUUUAUAAUCACGUUCACUACAUACAACAGAACACAGUUGUGGUUACAAGCAAUUAGAAAGGGAUAAUUAGUCCAAGGAGCUCUGUCUUUGCAGCACCCAUUUUAUCUCAGCUAAGCAGCUAUCUAUCAGAUCAGUGAACUUGGCUUGCUAACUAAGAAGUCAAGCAGUUAACCUACAGUGGUGCUUGGAAGUUUGUGAACCCUUUAUCAUUUUCUUUCUUUCUGCAUAAACAUAAUCAGAUUUUCACACAAGUCCUAAAAGUAGAUAAAGAGAACCCAAUUAAACACAGGAGACAAAAAUAUUAUACUCUGUCAUUUGUUUAUGGGGGAAAAUGAUCCGAUAUUACAGAUCUGUGUGGGGUAAAAGUAUGUGCACCUCUAGGAUUAGCAGUUAAUGUGAAGGUGAGAUUAGAGGCAGGAGUGAGUGAGUGAGAGAUCUGUUUUAUUUAAAGAACAGGAAUCCAGCAGAGUCUGAUCUUCACAACACAAGGUUGUGGAAGUGUAUCAUGGUAUGAAAAAGGAGAUUUCUGAGGACUGUACAUAUAAAAUUGCAUCAGUUUUUAUGUUAA